UGUGUGUGUGUGUGUGUGUGUGUGUGAGGGGCUGGACAGCUCUGAUUCUCCAGCAUUGUGUCUGAGAGCGUGGAGAUGUGGUGCUCAUUUCACCAGCAGACUCUCAGAGUGUGUGUGUGUGUGUGUGAGUGUGUGUCUAUGGGACGGAUCGCAGCUCCUCUCCUCACACAGAUCUCCUCUAGAAGCUCAUCUACGCUGACAGUGCCGAUGGCCUCCGCCGCUCGGAUCGCGCUCGCGACACUCUUCAUCUGGGUUCUUCUUCUGUCGAGUCCCGCCGAAUCCAAGCGGAACCGAGGCGCGAUUCCUCACCCGGACAAGAACAACCCGAACGAGUCUGACCAGCAGCAGCAGCAGCAGCAGGCGGCCCCGGGACCGGGACCGGGACCGGGCCCCAGAGGCAGGAGCCGCGGCUCGGAGGAGGUUCUGGAGUCCAGUCAGGAGGCUCUGCACGUCACCGAGCGCCGCUACCUGAAGCGGGACUGGUGCAAGACUCAGCCGCUCAAACAGACCAUCCACGAGGAGGGCUGCGUCAGCCGCACCAUCAUCAACCGCUUCUGCUACGGACAGUGCAACUCCUUCUACAUCCCGAGGCACGUGCGCAGAGAGGAGGGCGCGUUCCAGUCGUGCUCGUUCUGCAAGCCCAAGCGCUUCACCACCAUGACCUUCACCCUCAACUGUCCUGACCAGCAGCCGCCGACGCGGAAGAAGCGCGUGCAGCGCGUCAAACAGUGCCGCUGCAUCUCCAUCGAGCUGGACUAGAAGCGAGAGCGACGCGUCAGAAAGAGCACGCGAGUGUAGACACGCUUGAUCUGCUGGAACCAGUGCAGAGACGCAUCUGUCACCAUUACACACCAUCAGUCACAGACUCAGACGAGGAACACACUAGUGCACGUGCGAUGAUGCUUCUCCCUUUCUUCUUUCAUAUGCACGUCCACAGACUCAUUUUCCUGCAUCGAGAGUUUUAGGAAGGUAAAUCCAGUUCAACGUGUUUAAAUUUGGACUAGUAGUGCACGUGGGUAGUUGACAUGAAAAGUGUCAUUUUUAAGAUGUCUUAUGAUUAUUAAACAUGCGGUUUUAUGAGCUCACGAACCUAACUGAGAGAUGCAUGGAGUAUUUAAACUUUUAUAAACUAUGUUUAACUGCAGGAGCAUUGGAACACCAGUAUGAGCUGGGAAAAGCAUCCAAAAAUGGACAAAAAGCACCUAAAAAGUACAACGUGUCAUACUUUAUAUAAAACGAUUGUUUCAAACAACAUUUCAAUAUUUUUUAUGAUUAUUAAAUAUGCAGUUUUUUGAGAUCAUUAAUUGAGAGAUGCAUGCAGUAUUUGUGUAUUUAUAAACUAACUGCAGGAAAAAAAGGCACCUAAAAAUGGGUUUGCAUUCAUUUUGUACUACUUUUUUUUUCCAAAUGUUUAAAAAUCGUAGUGCACAUGCAUAAAAAGUGCAUUUUUUUUUUAUCUAAAACUAGACGUUUAACCAACAUGCAAAUAGCGUUUUAUGAUUAUUAAACUUUUUUUUAGCUCAUUUGAGAAAUGCAAUGCAAUUAUUUGUACUUUUAUAAGCAAAGUUUAACUUAAGGAUAACUGAACACUAGUAAAAAUAAUAAUAAUUAUUAUAAUAUAUAUAUAUAUAUAAUCUUUUUUUUUGGCCAAAAACUGUCAAAAAUCACCUAAAAAUAUCAAAUGAUCAAUAAAACCCAUUUACUUUCAUUUGCCUGGUCACUGAAAUAAUUUUGCAUUAAUUUUGUACCACAAUUAUUUAGAUAUCUAAAGCUCUAGAUUCUAAUACAACAAAAUAAUAAUACUUUCUAAUGCAAAUUUCGACUAGUAGUGAAUGUGGUUAGUAGUCAUCUAAAAACUUUUCAAACAUUAUUUAAAUGUUCUUUUAUGCUUAUUAAACAUGCAACAUUUAUUGUGCUCAUUAAUGAACAGAUGGCGUUUUAAUAAACCAUGUUCAGCAGCAAAUGAAAAUCUACCAAAAGACAAAAAAAAAUGCAGGUAAAGAUGGUUUUAAAACAUGUCAAAUGAUCACCCAUUUAUGUUCAUUUCAUUGGUUUCACUUGUAAAAAUCCUAAUAUUUUCAAUGUAUUUAGAUCAGCUUUUGAUCAGCUACCCACAUGCUAGAGAGCGUCCAGGACAAAUAUACAUGAGGUCCGUCCUGAGCUCUGUGUUUGUGAUGGUGACAGAUGCAGAAGAGCAUCAUUCCUCACGCUGAAUGUCUUCAUUCAUCUCCAAAUCUAGAAUUAAGACAGUUUAAGGACUGAUAGCUUCCACUAUGUGGAACCACUUUUUUUAAUGUGACCGAAUGAGACACUGUUUUUCUGGAUUGCUGUGAGUUUCUUCAUGCUACUCGUCUAUUUAUAAUAUCAGUUGUAGAGGUGAAACAUUGAAAAGAUUUGGUUGUGAAGAGCAAAGGAUGUACAGAUGUUGUGUAUGAUGUGCUUGUAG